UGUCAAACCCCGUCCUCCUCUUGACAAGAAGUGUAGAAAAUUCAAUAAGGCAUUUUAAUGAAAACAGAACAGUUUUUUCCUAUUAUUUUGGUACAGUUGUGCAUUUUUGAAGCCGAAAAAAGGUUUCCCCAUUUAGCCAUUUGCUAGAGUCACACGAUUGAGUAGCGUGCAGGAGGAAAACAAUAAUCCCUAGCCGAAAACAGUUGUUGCACCCAGUGUAGAUGUGUCGCGAUUUGGCGAAGUUAGUUGAAACCUGCGGCCUCUCUCUACCCACGACUUUUGCUGAAGUUGAGGUAAAGUGCUGGUAAACAGUUGCGCAAAACAGAAAAUGCACACAGCCGUGGGAGAACCUUGCCAGCGUGUGGUGUGAAGCGAAAUUUGUAUAGACCCUGUGUCGGAAUGUUCUGCGCCACUGCCACCGCCGCUAUACUCCAAGACAGACGUCGCGUAUCGGUUUGGUGUAGAAAUUAAUUCUGAACGGAUAGGUUAAGCAAAAAAAAAAGAAAAGGUUGCAACAAGAAUUGUUGGCUGUCUCGAUCGUCGUCAUCGCUGUUCGCUGGAGAGACGUGAAACAAGCCGUGUUUUUGCUAGACAGCAUCCGUGGAAAAAAGGGUAGAAAGCUUAUCCGUGGCAGCAGCAUCGUGUUGUCGUCGUCGUCGUCGUCGUUGGUGAUGCAAUGCGAUCAGUGCUUCUAACGUAAGGGCAAUCUCGUUUUGUUAUUACUUUUUCCCAUCGGUAGCUGCCCUCAACGAGCUCCAUUGGAACCAUUGCGAGACUGUGAAUAUAAAAACCACUGACAAGCAGUUUGUCUCCUGUUGGCACUGUGUAUCGACCGAGAAUAUUGUUAGCAAGUACAGUUUGAGACAGACCGUUCCUUUGCCAGAUCGCUGGUUUGCUUAAAAAAAGAAGACUCAACUGGAAGCACCAAUUGUCAUGAUCACACACACAUAGUUUAUCUCUGUGUGUUGUUGCCUGCUGCUUCACCCGUUGUUGGUAACCAGCAGAGCUCGGAAAUGGUUCGGUUCUAUUUCCGGCCAUCUUCAUCAUCGUACUGCUUGCCAUCGGGUGGUGCGAACAGUGUCGCCUGAUUGGUACCUGGCGCAGGAAUCCUCGUCUUCCGCUGGUCCACCGUGGCUGAACUGAAGGCCGGCAAACGGUUACGUAAUAAUAAAAGCAGCAACAUACCCGGCUGGGUAUAUUGGAUUUAGUAUAACAACAGUGCGCUUGGCCACUGCUUAUCGAAGUCGACCUUGGCAACAAAACGAACAGAAAAGCAGGCAAGUAAAGCGCGCGCGGCCUGGUGCGAUCGAACGUGUCAAUUAGUGCAGUUGCCUCCCGAAUAGAAAACGCAGAAAAGUAACCAAAGCAACCUCAUCGACGGUUUCUAGUGCGCCAGUAAAAGGCCCCCCGUGCAAGAGAACGUCACACUUAAUUGGUCACACACCAGUUAUUUUCGCCAUUUGGCAGUAACAGCUCAAGCCAACUAGCCUGUGCGCCCCCACUCAGUCGACUUCGUUUGUGGUUUUAGUUUUUUCCUUCGCGGCAAAGUUUUGUUGCUGUGGGCAAACCAUUUCUUGCCUUCCGACAUUUGCGUGCAGCUUUCCAAAGGCGCGCAUUUGUUGCACCUUGCUUCCGUUCGCCGUCAGCACAAUCAAACCAAACAAACGGGGCCCCGGCCUGCCCGACCGUUCACUGGUAGGACACGACGCGACUGUCCUUAAACUGUUGUUGCUCUGCUCUUCCGCACGACCGUCGUCACCGUCGCCACACAGGAACGCCGAAGCAACGUGGUGUGAAAAGUACACAAGAGAAAACAAACCAACGCACCACCGUCGGUUUUGUUUUGCGCAUCCAUUGCAAAAGGCCUUACGAGUAUUUACAAAACACAGAUCAUCCGGUUGGUGCGGGAACUGCGGUGGUGCGAAGCAGGGACAUUCUUCUGCGUCUCUCAACAAGCGUGUGUCGUGCGCAUCGUAUGUUUGUGCAGGUAGUUCGACGUACGGAGCGAAUGCAAACGCGAGUACAUGUGCCCAGCGUACUGUUGUCCUGCGAGUGUGCCAAUUUCUUGUAAGAACGGAAACAUCCCGUGCCCGGAUCCGGCAGGCAUCAGCAUUACAUUCAGCAUUUUCUUCCGCAAGCAGUAGUGUGUUCCAGCGGCUACAGCCAUGGCUUUCAACGAGAAAGUCGACCCGGAGCUUAUCUUCACAAAGCAGGAGCGUAUAGGCAAAGGAUCCUUCGGCGAAGUAUUUAAGGGUGUUGACAACCGGACUCAGCAGGUGGUCGCAAUUAAGAUCAUCGAUCUCGAAGAAGCUGAAGAUGAAAUCGAAGACAUUCAACAGGAAAUUAUGGUGCUAUCGCAAUGUGACUCACCAUUUGUCACCAAAUACUUCGGAUCAUAUCUUAAGGGCACCAAGCUAUGGAUCAUCAUGGAAUAUCUCGGCGGUGGAUCCGCCCUAGACCUCAUGAAAGCGGGUCUCUUCGAGGAGAUGCACAUCGCCAUCAUACUGCGCGAGGUGCUCAAAGGUCUGGACUACCUGCACUCGGAGCGCAAGUUACACAGGGACAUCAAGGCGGCUAACGUGCUGCUGAGCGAACUGGGAGACGUGAAGCUGGCUGACUUCGGCGUUGCCGGUCAGCUCACAAACACCACUUCCAAGCGAAACACCUUCGUUGGAACACCCUUCUGGAUGGCACCGGAAGUGAUAAAGCAGUCCAUGUACGAUUCCAAAGCCGACAUCUGGUCGCUAGGUAUUACCGCAAUCGAGCUGGCGAAAGGUGAACCACCCAACUCGGAGCUGCAUCCGAUGCGGGUAUUGUUUCUGAUUCCGAAGAACAAUCCACCUCAGCUAACCGGUAGUUAUACGAAGCCAUUCAAAGAUUUUGUCGAAGCGUGCCUAAAUAAAGAUCCAGAAAAUAGACCAACAGCAAAGGAACUGCUAAAGUUUCCUUUCAUUAAGAAAGCGAAGAAAAAUUCUUACCUAAUCGAUCUAAUCGAUCGGUACAAAAAAUGGAAGUCUCAAAAAGGCGAAGAAAGUGAAACAGAAUCAGAAAAUUCGGAUUCUGAGGACUCGAAACAGGAUAGCGAUCUCGAUGAACCGUGGAUAAUGACGGUGAAGGGAUUGAAUUUUAAUAACUUUAAUAAAAAUGUGAUGGAAGACCCGCUUGGAUCACCGGUAAAACACAAUGGUACCAGCAAUAUCGGUGGUGUCAGCUCGAACCGUGAUAGGGAUUACAAUUUGAAUCAACAUAAAACAAGUCAGCCACGACCAUCUUCAUCGCCAUCGCAUCAGUCCUCUUCGACGCUGAUUGCAGCCAACAAUACCACGAACACCAGUCCAAUCAUUGUGGAUUCGCGCAAGGAGCGCGAACUGCAAAAUCAAAUCUCUGCUUUGCAGCUGCAGAAGGAGAAAGAAGCGAGCUUAGAACGACAACAGCGAGAUCAUCGCCUGGAGCGCGAAUCAGAAUGGGAAAAGGAUCGCGAAAAGGAGCGAGAACGGGAGCGUGAUCGAGAAAGGGAGCGAGAUCGCGAACGCGAACGAGAUCGCGAACGAGAGCGAGAUCGCGAACGAGAGCGUGAGCGUGAGCGAGAUCGUGAUCGUGAACGUGAGCGUGAUCGCGACCGUGAACGAGAUCGGGACCAUCGUGAACGGAUAGAUCGCGAUCAUCGAGAAAAGGAUCGUGAUAACAAAGAGCGAAAAAUGGUUGCCUCUGACAGCCUGAGCGGAUCGGGCAAUGAGAACGAGAAGCGCAGUAGCAGUUUGCGGCGCGAACGGGAUUCGCCCAGCCACAACAACACAAGCAGCAAUGGCAACUCGCGCACCAACAGUAUUACGAAUGUAAAUAACAACUCCAGCAAAAGCUCGAGUCGAUCGUCCUCCACGACGACGCCAACUACGACGACGACGUCAACAAACAGUGGUUGUCUUAAGGCAAUUAUUUUCCCUCUUUUAUCUGAGAUGCAGCGAAAUUAUAACAGUGGUUCCGACAUGGGAGACCUACGGCUGGCCUUCGAGAGCGCCGAACGGAGUAGUCCGGGCGUGAGUGAUCUGUUUGUGAAGGAAAUCAUCCACAAGCUUGUGCCCGGUUUCUCCGAGACGCGAAUCAAUACGCUUAUAGAUAAAGUGACACGCCGAGCUUCCGGUAACUCUUCCAAGAUGACCGUUCUUUACUAGGGCAAUUGUAUUGCGUGUUUUUUUCUUCGUGAAACGCGUGUACGAGUCUGGUGUUCAUCACAUUUAACUGCAGAUUAUAGUGCAUACAAUUAUACGUUUAGUUAAUUAUACGUUCAAUUAGUCCUGACUGACAGGGGAAAUAAUACAAAUGGCGGCACCUGGUUGUUGUUUUGGUAAGAUUUAUGCUAUCUUUCCUCGUUUAUCCUUUUGCAUGUGGCUUUGUAAAUCUUUUAAAUUCGGAAACGUUAAACAACUGGCAAAAGCUGUUGACGAUGUUGUUUGUUCCUGUUUAUUUCCGUAUUGUAAGCAGCAGGAAAGCUAAAGCAGUAAAAACAAUUAUAUCUUAAAAUACAGAUAUUUAUUGAUAAUGUAGAAAAAAACCAAUUGUGUGAAGUAGCAUGUGAAUAACAUAUACUAAUUUAUAUGAAUUCAUCUUCAUUUCUUGUGCACAUUAAGUUGAACCCGUUCAAACAUGGUAGGUUUAUUUGUGCUGGUUACCAUCCCGCAAAGACUUACAAAUCAUUCUGCUAAUUCACAACACGGCAAACUCAGCCGAAGUAUAUUCUCUUCGGACACUGGAAUAUACUUAAAAAAGGUAGUUUUGAAUUACUGCUGUAUAGUUGACACAUUACACAGUUGACACGGAACCACAGCAAGCACACACUUGGAAAUAUUGUGAAACAACGUAACAUAAAACACAUAAAAUACAUACCAACAAUGGAAAGCGUUCCACGUUCGCUCGUCGCAAGUAAAAGGUAAACGAAAAUAGCCUCAAAAAUAAGUUAGGGUUUCUAUGUUGGAAAAAAUACAGGACUUGAGAGAUAGUGAAAUAUGAAAUGAGUUAUCAAUGUAUAGAUUGAAGAUAGCAACAAAAAUAAGAAAGAAGGAAUGUAAACAGGAAGAAGGAGCAUCCAAUGCAGAACAGUUGAUUGCAACCUUGAUCCAACACACGUUCGUUUGUAGUGAGGGAAUAGAAUCGGAAAAAACGUAAAAGUAAAGAGGGAAGCAAAUAUUGUGGGAGAACUAAACAUAAAAUCAACAAGAAAUAAAAACAAUAAAUCAAAAUAUAAAAACAAAUAAAAAAACCCUUUUUUAUCAUUUAAAAUAA